AUGUUAUUGCUCAUUUCAAAUAUACCCUUGUGUCACAUUCAGAAGUACCGCGGCAAACUCUACGUACAGCAAUCCACUAGUGUCGCUUCGCGAUCUUUGCACGGCCAGUGCACGUCAGAUAGCACAACGAUGCAGCAUUCACAGAGUGAUGUAGCCUUGGGUACCAACGGCAGCUGGGCAGAUCUUAAAGUUGCGGAAGGUCUUAAGAAGCGCAGCAACACGGCGCAAAAUCUUCAGUUUUAUGUCGAGGAGCAAAAGCGUCUAUACCAGGAGCUUCCUUUUUCGGUGCUCCCUGGUAUGCGUCGUCAGUCAUUUCAACGCGAGCGCAGCUUUACGAACCUUAAACCACGUAGCUCGUGGGGAUCUUUUACCAACCUUGUAGCCAGAGGAGAAGACCAGCCGCUGCUUGGGGCGGACGAGUUCCCCGAACCUGGUUACACUUUUCCGUUGCUUCUGAGCUGUGGCGUGGCGCUGAUGAGCGCUUUCCAGUUCGGCUACAACACAGGAGUCACUGGCGGCAUCAAUCCUGACAUCAUCUUUCCCGGUCACUCAAACAUUCAAUGGGCUUUUUGUGUUUCCAUUUUUGCGGUGGGUGGACCUAUUGGAUCACUUACGGCAGGCCACAUGAGCACUGCACUAGGUCGAAAAAAGGCGCUGCUAGUGGAUUCCUUCCUUUUUAUCAUUGCUGGUGCCAUUAUGGCGCUGUCGGUUAACAUUUAUGCGCUUAUUUUGGGCCGUUUUCUAGUCGGAUUUGCAUCUGGAACAGUUAGUGUUGUGGUACCAUUGUACCUUGGUGAACUUGCUCCACCCAAUCUGCGUGGUGCGUUAGGCACUGGCUAUCAAUUGUUCAUGGUAAUUGGAAUUUUGGCCGCAGACCUUCUGGCGUUUCGAUUUUCUGGAGUAAGCGAAGGCCUAAGUCAGCCUGGUUGGCGCUUCCUGUUCGGCUUCACAGCCAUACCAGGAAUUCUGCAGCUAGCUCUUGCUUCGCUUUUGACCGAAAGUCCACGUUGGCUGCUGACGAAAAAUCGUCCCAAAGAAGCUGCUGACAUUUUGCGUCGGUUGCGCGGCUCCAAUGAUGUGUACGAGGAGAUCGACAGCAUUUGCUCGGCUAGUGACAACGAGUCGGGUGCUAACACGGGCAUCUGGGACGUUCUUAAGGAUCGAAGUAUCCGAUUUUCGCUCGUAGCUGCAGUGGUGCUUCAGAUUGCUCAGCAAUUUAGUGGUAUCAACGCUGUCAUGUUUUACGCCAGCUCCUUUUUUAAAAAUGUUGGUUUGAAGGACCCACUGGUAGGCGCUACCUUGGUAUACACAGUGAAUGUGAUAUCAACUGGUGUUGCGCUAAUGCUGAUGGACACGGCUGGUCGCAGACCGCUUUUGAUCUACUCUGCGGUCGGCAUGAUUUUUUCUAGUAUCGUGUUGACCUUGGGUCUAAUGAACGUCCUGCCUUUUGCAAGUAUGGCUAGCGUGGGCGGUGUCAUGUGUUUCGUAUGGUUUUUUGAAAUUGGCUUAGGCCCAAUCCCGUGGCUGAUUGUCGCGGAAAUGUUCCCUGCCAAACCACGACCGACAGCUAUGAGUAUUGCUACCAUGGUGAAUUGGUCGUGCAGCUUUUUGGUUGGACUGAUGUUCCCAACAAUGCAGCGCGAGCUAGGUGAGUACACUUUUGUGCCGUUUUGCGCCGCAUUAUGCAUGGCUCUCGCCUUCACGCUGAGGUAUGUGCCUGAGACAAAGGGUAAAACUAUUCAAGAAAUACAGGAUGAGCUUCACUUGAAAAAACGACAGUCGAUGAAUCUUUAA